CGUUCCUAUUCAUUUUAAAAAUUACGAUUUAAGUACGUUUUUGCAAAUAUCUCUCUUUUUUAAAAAAAACAAGUGUUCAGUAGAUUAAUAGUGCACGAUGGCAGGCCAUAAAUACAUUACUAACUCUAGUAAUUUAUUCGAGGAUGAAGAUGUGGACGCCGACAUGUACGUGAACCGUUAUAGGCCACGGAUAGCUACGACACAAUCGAAACCUGUGACUACGCAAUACGAUGGACGCAUUGCUGAAUUGGAGCGGCAGAAACAAGCUAUCUUAGAGCGAACUCUGGAUUCAUCUGACAGAAGCAUAUGCCUUCUUCGCGAAUCCGAGGAUAUAGGCGCCCAGGCAGCAGUGGAACUGAACCGCCAGCGCGAACAGCUUGAAACAACCGACAAAAGGCUUGAUGAAAUGAACAUAAACUUAAACUACAGCCAGAAGCACCUAAAUGGAAUUAAAUCUGUAUUCUAUGGACUUAAAAACUAUAUUUCGGGUAGGUCUAACGAUGUCCGUGUGCCUAAUCAAACGUCACCAGGUAAAACAUCCAGUAAGAAAGAUCGGCCCAGCGGCAGUGGCUUGACCGACACUAUAACUAAUUUUAAUAAUGAUAUUACACCUGAAGAUCGAUUCAGUACUUAUCCCUCUGUUCACCUGAAAGGUUUGGAGCAGCAAACUAUGGCUGCACCUAUCUCCGAUAGUCAACGUAUCAACACAUUACUUGAUGACAACCUUAAAGAGAUGGUCCAACACGUAACAAGACUAAAAGGCCUUGGUGUUGACCUCGGAAGGGAAAUUGAUACACAGAAUGAACUGAUAGACAAGAUUCAGGAUAAGGUUGAAGUGGUAGACGUCAAAAUUGGCAAACAGAACAAGACCAUGAACAAACUUCUUGGAAAAUAAUCCAAAUUCAGUUGAUUUCACCUCUUCAAGAUAAGCGUAAUCCUAAAACAAGCUGCCCAUAGGCAUUGCAAGUCACAAAUCAC